CGGGGCGGGGAGCGCGGCAGGGCGGGCUCGGGGCGCGGCGGGGCCCCCCCGCGCGGUGCCGCGGUGGGCGCGCCCGGAGCCGCCCGCAGGCCGGGGCGGAACGUGCGGCGGGCGGGCAGCGAUGGCGGCGGCCGAGGUGGCGCGGCAGGGUGAAGGCUGUCGUACUGUCCCGCUCUCCGGACACGUGGGAUUUGAUAGUUUGCCUGACCAGCUGGUUAAUAAGUCAGUUAAUCAUGGGUUUUGUUUCAACAUCCUGUGUGUGGGGGAAACUGGCCUUGGUAAGUCCACCCUCAUGGACACCCUUUUCAACACCAAGUUUGAAGGUGAUCCAGCAUCUCACUCACAGCCUGGGGUCCAGCUGAAAUCCAGUACCUAUGACCUGCAGGAGAGCAAUGUCAACCUCAAGCUGACUAUUGUGAGCACAGUGGGCUUUGGGGAUCAGAUCAACAAAGAGGACAGCUACAAGCCCAUCGUUGAGUUCAUUGAUGCUCAGUUUGAAGCCUACUUGCAAGAAGAGCUGAAGAUAAAAAGGGUCUUGCACAACUACCAUGACACGCGGAUCCACGCGUGCUUGUACUUCAUCGCUCCCACCGGCCAUUCCCUCAAAUCCCUGGACUUGGUAACCAUGAAGAAGCUCGACAGCAAGGUGAACAUAAUUCCCAUCAUUGCCAAAUCUGAUGCCAUUUCCAAGAGCGAGCUGACCAAGUUUAAAAUUAAAAUCACAAGUGAACUGGUCAGUAAUGGGGUGCAGAUCUACCAGUUCCCAACAGACGAUGAAUCGGUGGCAGAGAUAAAUGGGACAAUGAAUUCAGAAUUACCAGGUUUAUGGGGACUAAGCAGGCCAGAAUUUGACCAAGGCAAUUUUGCUGGUCUGGAAAACUUGUAUCCAAAUACUGAUAUUAUUAGAAACGCCCACUUGCCAUUUGCAGUGAUCGGGAGCACGGAGGAGCUGAAAAUAGGAAACAAAAUGAUGAAAGCUCGUCAGUACCCUUGGGGCACAGUGCAGGUGGAGAACGAAGCUCACUGUGACUUUGUGAAGCUGCGGGAGAUGCUGAUCCGCGUGAACAUGGAGGACCUGCGUGAGCAGACCCACACGCGCCACUAUGAGCUCUACAGGCGGUGUAAACUGGAAGAGAUGGGUUUCAAGGACACUGAUCCAGACAGCAAACCCUUCAGCUUACAAGAAACUUACGAAGCCAAAAGAAACGAGUUUCUGGGAGAGCUGCAGAAAAAGGAAGAGGCAAUGAGACAGAUGUUUGUCCAGAGGGUCAAGGAAAAAGAAGCUGAGUUGAAGGAGGCUGAAAAAGAGCUGCAUGAAAAGUUUGAUCGCCUGAAGAAAUUGCAUCAGGAUGAAAAGAAGAAGCUGGAGGAUAAGAAGAAGUCUCUGGAUGAUGAAGUAAAUGCAUUUAAACAAAGGAAGACAGCAGCUGAAUUGCUUCAGUCACAGGCUCAGCAGGCUGGAGGGUCGCAAACUCUUAAAAGGGAUAAGGAAAGGAAAAAUUAGCUGCUGUUUGGCUGCAUGGUGCAUGAGGCACAUUGUCCUGUUCGGGUUUCCUGUAGAACCUUUCCCUUGGCCCCAGAGGCGAAUGCCCCACCCUCGGCUGUGCCAUUGUGCCUGUUGCUCACCUUUCCCACUGCUCCCCUCCCGUGCUCCACUGGGCUCAAACCAGAGCUCCUGGCUGCUGGGGUUGCUCUUGGGAGGGACCCUGCUGGCCAGGGGGGUUUGUGCCAGGCUCCUCCUGCCCCUAGGGCAGCAGCAGGAUGCCCACUGCUCCUGGGCCAGGGUCCCCUGUCCCACUGCUCAGCUUUCCCUGCCGUCAGAGCUGCUUGGGGGUGCAUUUAGCUCCUGCUCUGGGGUGGGUUUGCUCUCUCCAGAGCCUGGCUGCCCUCUCCCCAUGUUAAUUUGCUGUUCCUAAGCCCUCAUUACCCCCUGUGCUGCCAUGUGUGACUCAAAUAACUUUCAAGGACUUUUUGCAAAACUUGACAUCCUCACAGGCAUGGCCUGAGCCCAAACCUCUAGUUCCCAGGCUUGAGGAAAUCUCACAUUUGGAUCCAUGGUUUGCAACUAAGUGUUCUCUGAAUGCUGCAGGGGUCAUGAAGGAUCUUUUGCCUGGUCUCCCUCUCAGUGUGCUGACCUGGAUGCACAUCCUGGAUCCAAUCUCAGGGAAAGCUGGUCACCUUGCUGUACAUAUCAGUGUUUCUGAAGAAAGACUAUGCUGUUUCAUUGACUUUCUUCUCAGUGAUUCCAACAAUUUUUGGUUUUAAUGCAAAAAAAUAUUGCCUUUUAUAUUUUUUUUAUCUGACAUCUCUUUAGAAUUGUACAGAUGUUGACAGGUUUCUUCUCAUAUUUUCUAUUCAGCAAAAGCCUUGUUUUUAUUGCAAGAUUUGCACUAAAAAGGAGGGUGUUUGCUCACUGGGCCAGGAGCUCACUCUGGCCAAGUGCAACUGUGGUUUGCCUGCAAGUGUCUGUGUAUUUCUGGCUGAGUUUUGUUUUUAAAUAAAGAGUUCAUCGGACAGUGAA